CAAGGCUACAAGUAUAUUUUAAACUUGUUUAAGCCACCAUUUAAAUCUUCCACCCUUUUCUCUCUACAAAAACAACCAUAAUUAAUUCAUUCACAAACAAAUCAUUCUCUAAAAACAAUAGUCUAAAAACUUUUACAAAUUAAUUUCUAAAAAAAUGGCGAUCGUGAGAAGUAGAAUAAUAUCACAGGUACUACAAAGAAGCAGCAUCACCACCUGUUUCGGGCACCAGAAAUGCUCGGCUUCAUCGACUGCAGCAGUGGCCGCAGCGGCUGAGGUAGGCGUAGUGGGAUCAAAAUCAAUGGGGUUUUGGUUGAAAGAUUAUGAAGAUUAUAGGAAAUCAUUGUAUGGUGGAAAUAUUACUCAUAAAGCUCUCUUCGUUGAUGCUGUUGGCACUCUCCUUGUCCCUGCUCAACCCACUGCACAGAUAUAUAGGCAGAUGGGGGAAAAGUAUGGGGUGAAAUAUUCAGAGGAUGAAAUAUUGAACAGAUACAGAUGGGCUUAUGGUCAACCUUGGGGAAAAUCACGUCUCAGAUAUGUGGAUGAUGGUAGACCCUUCUGGCAAUACAUUGUUUCAUCUUCCACAGGUUGUUCAGAUGCUCAGUAUUUUGAGGAGCUUUACAACUACUUUAUGACUGAGAAGGCAUGGCAGCUAUGCGACCCAAAUGCAGGGAAAGUAUUUCAGGCUUUGAGAAAUGCCGGUGUAAAAGUGGCUGUUGUCUCAAACUUUGAUACUCGAUUAAGACCUCUAUUGAGGGCUCUGAAUUGUGAACACUGGUUUGAUGCUGUGGCCGUCUCAGCUGAAGUUGCUGCUGAGAAGCCAAACCCAACAAUAUUUCUGAAGGCGUGUGAUCUUCUGUGUGUAAAACCAGAGGAUGCUGUUCAUGUUGGUGAUGAUCGUAGGAAUGAUGUAUGGGGUGCAAGGGAUGCAGGCUGUGACGCUUGGCUUUGGGGAAGCGAUGUCCAUUCUUUCAAAGAGGUUGCAAACAGAAUAGGCGUCCACAUCUAAGCAAGCGGAUGUGUUUUUUACCUUGCAACUCUGGCCGCCAUCUCGAAAAAAUAAGUACGCUAUCCCGGUCUCCCUCGUUUAGGGGCUGUACAAAUUGUGUUAUAUAUGUAUCUGGUAACGGGACUUCAGAGGAGACCAAAUGUUGCCAAAUAAUAUGUGGAACCGGAUUUUGUAUAGCUUCUAAGUUGUACAUAUGUAAUGAGUGUUAUCAAAGGGUCAAAGGAAAGGAGAUAAAGAAAAGUUUUCCGGGAAAUUUGUUCAUACCUUUGCUAUAGCAGCCUAGCAUGGUCACUUCUUUGGUUGACAACAACAAGCGUGAACAACUUAGAAGCCUCACUAUCGCUCCAUUGUUAAUCCAAUAUUCCCUUACUUGUAUUUUACUUAUCUAUUGCUUUUUAAGAUCUUUCUAAUAACAUUUUAGGCUUUAGAUAGAAUUAUUAUGUUUCUUUAAUCUCAGUGUUCACCGGCAGUUUUUAGCUAAUUCAAAAUAAACCUCUAUGAGGGGUAUGAACCAGGACCUCUCAUCAGAAUUUUUUUUUGCUUAA